AUGGGUGCGAGUAGAAGGCUCUCGCUUCUGUUGGCAGCUUGUGUUCUCGUUGCUGUACAUAUGCAACUUAUGGUCACCGCCGCUUCUGUUAGCUAUAAUGCUAAAACGUUGAAUCAAAACUUUUUCUCGAUAUUUUCUGGAACGCAGAGUGGAGCUGCUGCCCCUGCCGUGCUUCCAGGCUUUAGAGGCAGGCCUGUCCUAGGAGGAGCUCGUUCAACUCCGGAUCCCAACAAGAUUGAUCUCCUAUUUGUCAUGGACAACUCCGGUAGCAUCGGCAGUGCCAACUUCGUUAAGCAAAAAAACUUUGUCAGUCUGAUGAUAGACCACGUCUUAACGGUCACAUGCACCAAGUCGAUCCGAAUCGCAAUCAUCAGCUUUGCUGCGUCGUCCCAGAUUACGGUCGAGUUCGACUUCAACGACUACUUGGGAUCGGCGACUCCUCGCGUUGAUCUGAAGAAUGCAGUCAAUGGUAUUGUCUACGUGCACGGGUGGGCUACUAAUACUGCUGGUGCUUUAGACGAAGCACAUUCUCUAUACAAUGACGCCUCCAGAGGAGCGAGAUCGGAUGCGACCAGAGUUGUUUUCGUGCUCACCGACGGAAAAUCGAAUCAAGGUGGAGCUCCCGGCCCAAAAGCGGACGUUCUACGAAACACAGACGGUGCUAAGGUUUUUGCGAUGGGCGUGGCUAAUUUUGGUUCCACGAACAGUCAGAACGAGCUGAAUGCCAUCGCUUCAGAUCCUGACGUCGAUCACAAGUUUGUAGUAGAUGAUUUUGACGACAUGGACGACAUCGCUGCUCAAUUUGGCGCAAAACCGAGAUGUAAUGUGAUUGACUUAGCGACUCAUCGACCGGAAGAUUGGAAUUCUAUUGUGGCCGCAUUCAAAACCAUUAAGCAAAAUGGUGUCAUCAACGACCUUGCAGCACUCCACAAUCAAGUUUUUACCAUACCAACCUCGGCCCACAGUGGUGCAGGUUUCCUCCCUUGGCAUCGUUCUUUCCUCAGUAUGUUGGAGCACGCUUUACAAAUCGCUCAAAACGACGUCUCACUUCGUCUCCCAUACUGGGAUUGGUCAGGGGAACAUGUUGCAACGUCGGCCAUUUGGGCUCACUUGGGCAGCGGUUCUCUCAACAACGGAGCCGGCCCCAACGAUUGUGUCAAUAGCGGACACUUUAGUCAAGCGUUGUGGCAUCCCGAUCCAUCCGAAUGUAUCGUACGGAAUGUCUUCAAUCCCGUGCCCGGAACGCAACAGGCAUCACAAGCACAAUUGAACAAUGACCGCACGAGCAAUCCAAUCUACGAUAACUUCCGUCAGCAGACAGAAUCUGGUGGAGUCCGACACAACACUUUGCACAAUCGAUUUGGAUUCCCUUCCGACAUGGCUUCGGGUGAAUCACCACGUGAUCCUCUCUUCUAUUUGCAUCACUGUUUUAUCGACAAACUGUGGUACGACUGGCAAGAAGUGUACGGGGAUGAUGAAAGUAACUAUCCAGCUGACGGCACUCCUGGUGUUGUCUACACACUUAAUAGUGUGAUGAGUUUCUUGACUGCUGCUUAUCCUUUGGGACCCGACCUGUUAAAGGAUUUGGCAUGGAGACAACCAAAAAAUGUUCUCAAGGUUGGAGACUUGGGUUACACGUAUGACCAAUCUAGUGGGCCGACGUUUGGACGCAAGAAGAGAAGCGCUAAUGCAACAUAUGACGUUCCAGCAGCCAAGCUAUCUGUCUCCACAGUCAGAGCAAUGAUUGCCAGUAAACGUCCAACGCAGUUACAAGUUGCCCAAUGGGACUUCGACACUCAAUGUAUUCGUCUUGUAAACGGUCCUAACCAAUAUGAAGGUCGAGUGGAAAUCUUAGUUAACGGUCACUACCACGCAGUCUGUUCAGAUGGUUGGGAUAAUGUUGAAGCCAACGUUGUGUGUGGCCAACUGGGAUAUUCCACUGGGCAAGCAACUUCAGGAAACCGAUGGGGCUACAACAAGAAACCGUACGUUAUCAGCAAAAUAGGAUGUACAGGCAAGGAACGAUACAUUCAAGAUUGUUCUCGGUAUAAUGUUGGAACAACAUACCGAGGUGGAUAUUGCCCCAGUUACCGAUAUGCUGGAGUCAAGUGCAAUCCAGGUGUUCGGUUUACUAGAAAUGGUUCACCAACAACCAGCCCCAAUGGCUACCUACAAGUGUAUGACAGUUCAACUAAACGAUGGGGUCCUGUCUGUGGCGGAUCGGUCUGGGGUAACAGACAGCGAACAGAUGCCUGCCAACAAGCUGGGUUUGGCCCUACAUAUCCUGUUUUUAACCGAUUUUUUGCAAGAAAGACUGCAAGUGGGCCUCAAACCAGUGCUCGUUGCCUCAGCAGCACAAACAAGCAAACUGACUGCAACCAGGGUGUUCAGUGGGGAGCAUCUACUUGUGCAAGAAGCACUGACAAUCUGUACAUCAGCUGUCAAAAACCAAUCCGUAUUGUUGGUCGCAAUCAAUAUGAAGGUCGAGUGGAGGUAUUCAACCGAGGUGUGUGGGGCACAGUGUGUGACACGUAUUGGGACACCAAUGAUGCUCGAGUCGUGUGCAGGCAGCUGGGGUACAACUAUGGAGGUACAGCAUAUAGCCGUGCGCGCUAUGGUCGAGGCCGUGGUCCAGUCUGGCUUGACAGAAUGAGCUGCUAUGGCAAUGAACGAGCUAUCACAGACUGCAAACACAGUGGGUUUGGGCAAACAAGUUGCUCUCACAACAGAGAUGCAUCAGUUCGUUGCUACACAUCACCUGUCAUCAAAACUCCAAUCUUUGCAGUAGCAACAGAUGCAACAGUUCCAGUACUGGUAGGCUUUCCUGGUACCCGUCAAAAAUUCUCACUGCAAUAGACUUUUGAACAUGAAACCCUUCAUUUUGAAUCAAUGUUAAACACAGUAGUGACAGUUAAAUGAUUAGUCAAUUGUCAUGAUUUCUAUUAGUAAGUUCAUGUUAACUAGAGUCCAUUAUUACACAAAUAAAUUCUGGUGUGUGUAUGUCUGUCUGUCUAUCAAGCCUACGUGCAAGUUCUAUUACAAUAUUGAUUUAGAUAAUAAUCAUAAUACAA